GGUCGGCAUCACGACCCGCGGUGGCCGCCGACGCCAGGGCUCUCCGGGCUCCAGCGGGCCUCUUGAGCUAUGGUGAAUUUCUGGAAACCACUCUGGUGGUCUUGUGGGGGAAAGUUUGUGGGUUCUAUGGAGCUCCAUUUCAGUUUUUUGGCUGUAACCCUCUGUGGCCUGGUUCUGUCUGCGGAAAUCACGCCGGAAGCUGCACACUCUCUCAAGAACGACCGCUAGUAACUUCGGGCGUCAGUUGGGGGGCUGGGACGGAGAAGAACGGGUUGCAAUUGACAGACUGGGUGGAUGAUGGCUGGAAUACAAUGAUUGACAUGGGCUUGGUGGUCUCGGCUGAAGGUGUAAGGAGCUCUGGUUUUGCUUGCGUUCUCUCAGUCCCCUGGAUUGGAGGUCCUUGACCGUAGAACAGGGAUGAAACUGAUCCUUAGCUAUUGGCAGACUCAUCUUGAUGGGGUCCAGUGGUCCUCUGCUGGUUUGUGCUUCAGAUGCUGACCGACGUGCUCCGCCUUCUUUCUUCCCCUUCUUAUUCACCACCCUGGUGAAAACUCUCCAGUGGGUGCAGGUUUGUCGUCCUUGGACACGACGCCAGAAAGGUUGGGGUAUCUAUUUGCUUGUGUGACGGGUGGUGUGGGAUACCAGUCAACAGCCUUAUAGACUCCCAGGAUAACUAGGGCCUGCUUGCUCUCUUUCCUGCACUUCAGAGCUUGCAGAUGGUUAUCUUCAGGGGUGGUGGUGUCUUUUGUGGCAGCGCCGGGUGAGGGGGUCCUGGUGCAGUCCGUCAUGCAGCCACCACCUCCUACCUGCUUCAUUACGGUUCCUUGGCUGGGCCAAGGCCUUGGUUCUGGAGUUUGCAGUCACCGGCGGUCUUCAUCUGAAAACAGGAUAAACUCCGGUGUAUCUGAUGGAAAUUUCUUUGAAUCUUUGGAUGAUGAUGACUCUUUGUACAAAGAGGACCAUAGUGGAAUAUUCCACAAUGCAGCAAAUGAUUAUUCAGACUCUGAAACAGACCAACAAGAUGACCUCAAUGGAGGUGAACAGGUAGUAGUGAGCUCAGACUCACAAGGCAGUUCUUCAAAAUCUUUGAAGUACCUUGAUCUUGAGGGUACUUGUUUGGGUUGAUGAUGAAAGGGUGUUAUCUGGUUUCAUGAAUCCUAACACUAGCAAUGAUGAUAUCUGCUCUUAUGAGCUGUGUUGCACCCGAAUUAGUCUUAGGAGGGCAAAUUUUGAUAUAUUUGUAAUCCUAAUUCUAGUUAUAUUAUACAUGAUGUUUUAAUACUUAGAUAUGAAGGUAAAGCAAGGUUAGAAAGUAAUUAUAUUUAAUGGACUCUAAUUGAUUUAUUCAAUUGGACCAUUAAAAUAGGUCUGGCCCGUUUCAGUCUUAUCCUCCUUGGUUUGGGCAUGAUGUUUUCCUUGGUCAAUUCGGUUCUCCUUAUUUGACCCAGCUCUUUCUCUCGCAUAUAAAGUGUCUCCUUCCUUGCUUCCUUCUAGAGACAUCUUUUGCAUCAUUCUUCUAAACCCUAAUACAGAGAGGCGAUAGAGAGAGCUUGUGAAGUUUUAACAUCUGGUUUUCUUCUUCGUGAUCUGGGAUACACUUGAGUCCAGAAUAAGCUGAGAAAGGCAAGAAGUAAACCGUGUGGUAAAGCGUAGAUCCAGAGCAGUUGAUUCGAGUCCAAGAAUCUGAUAACUCCUGGGUUUUGAUAGUUUCGUUCGGUUAUUUCUGUUCAUUUUCUUAUUUUAUUAGUAUGCUUGUUUUUGGCUGAUUCUUUUGUGUUAGAUCUGUUAUUUUCGUUCCUUGCUUUGCAACCAUCUGUGUAUUCAAACUAUUCUGAGCUAGUGGAUUCUUGGGACCGGAUUUCCCCUGUUGAAACUCCGCAGAGUAGGAUUUAUCCGAUCUGCGUCAACAUAUCGUGUCUUCAUUUCUUUAAUUUCUGUUUUGGUUAAACUUGAUAUUUGAAUCCGGUAUCUUGACUGUGACUAUCAAUAUAGUCUGUGAACAGUAUUUGUCCGGCUACUGUCUGACCGCCGUCCGUCGCCGUCUGUCGGGGCUGUUGGGGGUCGCCGGGGUCCAACGGGGGUGGGGUGAUGGGGGGAGCUCCGGUUGGGCUUGGUUACUACUCCGGCUGGGAUUCGUGACACGCCGUUGCCGCAGGGAUGAUGCCGGGACCGGUGGGGGUGGGGUCUGCGACAGGGAUGACAUGGUUGACUGUUUGACAGUUGUCGCUGUCAAAUUCGAAUUUCGGUUGCCGCGCUUGUGCUGCGGCGCUGGGGAGAAAGAGAUGUUGAGCUGGCAUUGUUAGGCUUACUGCUAAGUGCUAACCCUAGCCCGCUAGGAGUAUGCUGGACAGCUGGAGGCUGGCAUUGUGGGCUGGUAUUGGUUUGGGUGCUGAUGGGCUUCGCUGGACUACUGUGAUGCGGGAAUCUGGCUGCUGCUUGGGCCGGAUCUGAUGCUGGAAGGGAACAACUAGUAUGCUGACUGCUGGCUGGCUUUUAUUAGCUGGGCUUAGGUUAGUGGUUUGGGUUAUUGUGACAUUUCAGCUGGUUUGAUGAUUUUAUUUGACACUGCUGGGCAGUUACUGGGCCGCUGGAGCAAAUACACUUUGGAGGAUGGGGCUUCAUUGCUUCGGAUUCCUUGGACUUUGUGGAUAGCGGGCAGAUUUUUAUUUGAUGUUUUUGAUACGAGCCGGAGCAUGUCCUGUGUCGUUUUGAAUUCUUCUGAAAAACUCUCCCCCCGCCUACCUCCCACAAGGGAGUGGGCGAGGGGUAUGAAUGGUAGAUACUAUUUUUAGUUAGAUUAGCUAGCUAGAUAGUUUUGAUACAUUGUAUUAUGUUAUUUUGGGUGUCUAAUAAAAUUACCUUUCAUCCAAA